CGGCGGCCGCGCCCCCUUUCUCGGCAGGAGCUCCUGGGUUUAUGGGACGUGGGAGCGUGUGGACUGUUCGCUCUCCGGUGCUGGGCGGCGGUCCACGUCCCGGAAUCUAGAGUCCCCGUGGCGAGGUGGGAGGACGUGACAGGCAGGUCAAGUUCAAAAUGCACGGUGAUGCUCCUACCUCAUUAAGCCCUACUAGAAGACACUAGCGCUUCGAGACCGUUGCUUUCUGAUCAGCCCGUCAUACCGACUGAAGUCCUGUGUCAUUGAGAAUGCCUAUAAAAAUGCCUUAGAAAAAGAACAAUGGAGAAGUAUGUUCGACUGCAAAAGAUUGGAGAAGGUUCUUUUGGAAAAGCUGUUCUUGUUAAAUCUACAGAAGAUGGCAGACAGUAUGUUAUCAAGGAAAUUAGCAUCUCUAGAAUGUCCAGCAAAGAAAGAGAAGAGUCCAGGAGGGAAGUUGCGGUGCUGGCAAACAUGAAGCAUCCCAACAUUGUGCAGUACAGAGAAUCUUUUGAAGAAAAUGGCUCUCUGUACAUAGUUAUGGAUUACUGUGAAGGAGGGGAUCUGUUUAAACGAAUAAAUGCUCAGAAAGGCAGUUUGUUUCAAGAAGACCAGAUUUUGGACUGGUUUGUACAGAUAUGUUUGGCCUUGAAGCAUGUCCAUGAUAGAAAAAUUCUUCACCGAGACAUUAAAUCACAGAACAUAUUUUUGACCAAAGAUGGGACAGUACAACUUGGAGAUUUUGGAAUUGCUAGAGUUCUUAAUAGUACUGUAGAGCUGGCUCGAACUUGCAUUGGGACACCAUACUAUUUGUCACCUGAGAUCUGUGAAAACAAACCUUAUAAUAACAAAAGUGACAUUUGGGCUCUGGGGUGUGUCCUUUAUGAGCUUUGUACUCUUAAACAUGCAUUUGAAGCUGGCAAUAUGAAAAACCUAGUACUGAAGAUAAUCUCUGGAUCCUUUCCACCUGUGUCUCUGCAUUAUUCCUAUGACCUCCGCAGUUUGCUCUCUCAGCUAUUUAAAAGAAAUCCUAGGGAUAGGCCAUCAGUCAACUCCAUAUUGGAGAAAGGUUUUAUAGCCAAACGCAUCGAAAAGUUUCUCUCACCUCAGCUUAUUGCAGAAGAAUUUUGUCUGAAAACAUUUUCAAAGUUUGGACAACAGCCUAUACCAGGUAAAAGACCAGCUUCAGGACAAAGCCUGGCUUCUCUUGUCCCUGCUCAAAAAAUCACAAAGCCUGCUGCUAAAUAUGGAGUGCCUUUAACAUAUAAGAAGUAUGGAGACAGAAAGUUAUUUGAAAAAAAGCCACUCCAAAGACAUAAACAGGCCCAUCAAGCUCCAGUGAAGAAAAUGAAUCCUGGAGAAGAGAAAAGAAGACUGUUUGAGGAAGCAGCAAAAAGGAGAAGGUUGGAAUUUCUUGAAAAAGAAAAGAAACAAAAAGAUCAGAUGAGUUUGCUGAAGGCUGAACAAGUGAAAAGACAAGAAAAGCAGAGGCUGGAGAGAAUAAAUCGGGCCAGGGAACAAGGGUGGAGGAAUGUGUUAAGUGCUAGUGGAAGUGGUGAAGCAAAGGCUCCCUUUUUUGGCAGUGGAGGGGCUAUGGCUCCAUCAUCUUGUUCUCGAGGGCAGUAUGAGCAUUACCAUGCCAUUUUUGAUCAAAUGCAGCGACUAAGAGCAGAAGAAAAUGAAGCAAAGUGGAAAGGAGAACUGCAUGGUCGAGGGCUUCCAGACAGAGGAAUUCCACCUGGAGUUCGUCUAGGAUUUCAUCACCAUUUCCCUGAUGCUGAUGCUAUUAGAACAACUUUGAACACAUUGAAGGCCGUGUCUAGACAAGCCAGUGCAAGCAGGCAAAAAGGACAGCUAGCUGUAGAACGAGCUAAACAAGUGGAAGAGUUUCUUCAGCGGAAACGAGAAGCCAUGCAGAAUAAAGCACGUGCCGAAGGACAUGUGGGACUCCUGCAGAACCUGGCAGCUAUGUAUGGAGGCAGGCCCAGCUCUGCAAGAGGAGGGAAGCCAAGAAACCAAGAGGAAGAGGUUUAUCUGGCAAGACUGAGGCAAAUAAGACUACAGAACUUCAAUGAGCGCCAGCAGAUUAAAGCCAGAUUGCGUGGGGAAAAGAAAGAAGUUGACCAUGCCGAAGGACAGGAAGCAAGUGAAGAAACUGACUCUAGGCGCAAAAAAAUGGACUCCUUAAAGGCCCAAGCAAAUAUACGCGCUGCUGUAUUGAAAGAACAACUGGGACGAAAACGAAAGGAAGCAUAUGAGAGAGAAAAGAAAAUGUGGGAAGAGCAUUUGGUGGCUAAGGGAAUAAAGAAUUCUGAUGUUUUGCCACUUUUGGGACAGCAUGAAACAGGUGGCUCUCCAUCAAAGCAUCAGAUAAAACCUGGUAUUUCUGUGGCUGCAGCUUUGAAAGAAGUGUGUUUGGACAGAAAUUUAACUGAUACCCAAGAAACUUCAGAAGAAACUCAGAAAAGCAGCAAUGCCAUUUCAAGUAAGCGAGAAAUACUGCGUAGACUAAACGAAAACCUUAAAGCCCAAGAAGAUGAGAAAGGGAAGCAGGUUCCCUGUGAAUCUUGUGAGAUCUCUGAUGGUCAUGAAGAUGCCAGAGAGAGCAAAGAAGAGAAAUCCACUUCCUCUGAUCGCAAGAAGUGGGAGGUUGGAGGUCAGCUUGUGAUCCCCCUGGGUGAAGUGACACUGGAUACAUCCUUCUCUUCAACUGAAAAACUUACAGUGGGAGAUGUUAUUAAGUUAGAUCCUAGUGGCUCUCCAAGAAAAGUCUGGGGGAAAAGCCCUACAGAGUCAGUGCUAAAAAUUCUUGGAGAAGCUGAACUACAACUCCAAACAGAACUACUGGAAAAUACAACUGUUAAAAGUGAUAUUUCUCCUGAAGAAGAAAAGUGUAAAUCCUUAAUCACUGGAGAAGAAAUGCAGUGUAUUUCACAAGAAGUAAAUCCAUCUGUUGAGACAGAAAGUCCACAGCUUAAUGAGCCAUCUCCACAGGUGACAAUAGCAAAUGUGGAAGACUCUGACACUUUGGAAACAGAAGUUCUACAAGAGCCAAGUAGGAAAAACACCGAUGGGAGCUUGCCGUGUAUUGUUACUGAUGUGUGGAUUAAUGAGGAAAAAGAAACAAAGGAAACUGAGCUGGAAGUUAAUGUUGCUGUUCAUCAAAAUGAAGUUUCUGAAAAUGGAAUUCUGAAGAAUAUGGACCAACUUUAUGAGGUUCAUAUAGAACCUGGAUCAGAUGAUUCUCAGCAUUCUCAAUGUGAUGUAGAUAAAUUUGUACGACCAGAACCAUUUUUCCAUAAAGUAGUUCAUUCUGAACACUUGAACUUGAUCUCUCAAGUUCAAUCUAUCCAGUGUUUACCAGAAGAAUCUUUUCCACUUCGAUCACACUCUGACUCACCACCAAAAAGUACAAACAAGAAUUCCUUGCUGAUUGGAUUGUCAACUGGUCUCUUCGAUGCAAACAACCCAAAGAUGUUGAGGACAUGUUCACUUCCAGAUCUCUCAAAGCUGUUUGGAACACUGAUGGAUGUUCCCACUGUAGGAGAUGUUCACCAAGACAGUCUUGAAAUAGAGGAACUUGAAAACGAGCACACUAAGGAGGGGCCCUCUGAUUCUGAAGACACGGUGUUUGAAGAAGCUGACGCAGACUUGCAGGAGCUUCAGGCCUCAAUGGAGCAGUUACUUAGGGAGCAACCUGGAGAGGAGUACAGUGAGGAGGAGGAGUCGGUCCUCAAGAGCAGUGAUGUGGCGCACACGGCAAAUGGGACAGAUCCAGCAGAUGAGGACGAUAAUCCCAGCAGUGAAAGCGCCCUAAACGAAGAAUGGCACUCAGAUAAUAGUGAUGGUGAGACUACUAGUGAAUGUGAAUAUGAUAGUGUCUUUAACCAUCUAGAGGAACUCAGACUUCACUUGGAGCAAGAAAUGGGCUUCGAAAAAUUCUUUGAGGUUUAUGAGAAAAUAAAAGCUAUUCAUGAAGAUGAAGAUGAAAAUAUUGAGAUCUGCUCAACAAUAGUACAAAAUAUUUUGGGCAAUGAACAUCAGCACCUUUAUGCCAAGAUUCUUCAUUUAGUCAUGGCAGACGGAGCCUAUCAAGAAGAUAAUGAUGAAUAAUCCUCAGGACAUCCUUUUAACGUUAUACAACUACAUAAAAGCAUUUGAACUUGGCUCACAAGAACAAUAAACUUCAUGGGAAAUACAAAGACUAUUUAUAAGUAAUAUCAGAAGGAAAUACUGGUUUAAGAUUUAAGAUGGGCAUGCUUGUUACAUGGAGAUAAAAUGAUUGAGAAGCAUGAAUUUUCAUGUGAAAUUCUGGCAUAUUAUCUGUUUUUACUAAAUUCUGUAGUUAAAUCCUAUAGAACAUAUACUUCUUAUAUCACCCAGCUAAAGUGUAAAAGGUACUCACUCAGAACUGGAGUUAAUGGUGAAGAUUUACCAUGCGGUUAAGGGACUACUUUUAGCCUUCAGGUUGAAGAAAUACCUUCAUCACAGAUGACCUGCCCUUGACUUGCUCUUAACUAUUUUUUUUUUUUUUUCUUCCUGUCGAGGACUUGUUUCUAUCUUGGCCAACAAUUCUCCACUAAGUAAUCUUUGUCAAGAGUUCUAUUCAAAUCUUUACAUUUAGAAGUGGAAUUUUUAGCCUUGAAGUUUAUAUAUUCAAGUAAUUUUUCAACGGGUGUGUCUCCUUAACUAGCUCUGUGGUAACAAUCUUAAGGUCAAUAAAUUUAUUAGGAAUAGCAAAAUUAUAUAAGAAGUUGCUUGAUUUCUUCGAUUUCUCUUUCAGGACUGGAACCAGGAAUGUUAUAUCUAAAUAUUAGGCUGUGAACUUAAGACAUUGUCCUAGUAUGUGGUAUAAAGUUGCCCGUUGAUUUUUAACUCCACUCCUGCAUGUGCUUCCACAGCAACUUGAGUUAAGGAGAAAGGAAUCUAUAUGCUCUUGUUGACACUGGUAGUUUUGGUAACUACUGUGGGAAAAUGUUUGCCUCCUGAUGCAUUUCCAUUAUGAGAGGAUUGUUAGCUUAUGGAAGAUGAUGGUCAUCUAGCUUCAGUUAGAAUGUGCCAAGUAUUAUGUGGUUGCAUUCAAGGUGUCUAUAACCCUGGUGCUUUAGGGACAGUGGAAGCACAAAGCAGCCUGAUAGGCAUCCUCUGGCAUUUGAAAGGUGAAGUCUUACUUUGCAGCACCAUCAGUGCUAUUGAACUUAUUAUUGUGUAUAUCAUUUCUAACAUCCAAAGCUAAACAGUUGAUUUUUAUAUGUUUAUUUUAUAUUUCUAUUAAAGUUUUAUUAUGUACCUGAA